GUUAGAGUCAGACUUUGAAAGCGUGAUCAGAGCUCGCUGUUCACAGUCGAGAUGACAAAGCUGUGGCACUUCCUGCUCCUGCUCUGGGCAUGGAGCCCUCUGUGCCUUCCUUCCAGCGUCAGCUUCCCUGGCACAGCGGACGAGUGUGAAAAGGCUCCCUUCAUCCCUGGCUACAAUCUGGGUGGAGAAGGUUUCGACAUUGUCAAAAUGGAGAGAAAAGGAGCCUCCAUCAUUGAUGCUGAAACAUGGAAGACUGGCAAUGGUUCCUGUCAGCUGCAGAGAAACUCCUUCAUGAAGGAAGAAAAGCAGAAGAUUCCUAUCGCGGUGGUGGACUGGAGAAUCAUCCCCAAGUGUGACUUAAAGGUCGACAGUGUAGUCUAUGACUCUGUUGAAAAGUUUGCCAAUGAUUCCACAUCAGUCGUCUUCAAUGACUGGAAAAGUGACCUUAAUCUCUCUGCAAACCCAAGAGUCCCUUUUCGGACAAUUUAUGGAGGUUCCCGGUCAAAAGAAUGCACCUUUGCCGCACAAAAGUCAAAGAAAGACCGCUACACCUUCUUCCGUCACUCUCUCUCUUGUAACUUCUACCGGUACCGAAUGGCAACAAAACCUCCGCUGACUCAUGAAUUUGAAUCAGCCGUGAACUCCCUUCCUACUUAUUCACAAAAAACAGAGACAUCAUAUCGCGCUUUGAUCGAUACCUACGGGACACAUUACAUAACACAAGUGCUCCUGGGAGGGAAACUGAAGGCCGUCACUGCUAUUAGGACCUGCGAAGCAACCAUGAACGGCCUGUCGGCGACCGUAAUCAAUGACUGUUUGUUAGUCGAGGCUUCGAGGCGCUUUGCUCAUUCUGAUAGCAUUAACUCAAUGGCGCAGCACUGUAACACGAUAAAGAAGAAGCUCUCUUUGCCGAGUUUUAGUGGUAGAUUUAAUGAGCGCUUCACUGAGGUCACCGGUGGAAACAUUGAUGGAGCCGAUGUGCUCUUUCAAGCGCAGUCAGAUGCUUCUGUGUAUAAAAAAUGGCUCAGCUCCCUGAAAACCACACCUGAUGUGGUCCAGUACAGCUUGAAGGCCCUGCACACCAUACUGCCAGCUAAUCAUAGCACCAGGGCCGGACUGAAGAUGGAGGUGGAGAAGUACAUCAAGAGAAAUGCACUGCAGAAAAAGUGCUCAGAAACUUGUGAGAUUGGUCACAGAACCAACAAAAGAGAUCCCUGUGCUUGUGUCUGCAACGUCAACCACAACGUGAAGGUAAACUGCUGCCCUGCUGGGAAAGGUCUCGCAACAUUAAAGGUGUUCAAGCUUUACGCAAAGGGUCUGUAUGGCGACUGUUGCACUCAGACAGAUGGUUCAGUGGAGGUUAAAUAUGAUGGCCAGGUAAAGCGCACCGCCAUCAUCCGGAACAAUGACAAUCCCAGAUGGUCAGAGGUGUUUGAGUUUGGACCCAUCAGUCUUAAUGACAAGAAGAAAAUCAUGUUUACGGUUUAUGAUGAAGACUCAUAUUGGAACAGCGAUCUGCUCGGCCAGUGUCUGUCUGACCUGCACAGCGGAAACGUGACAGACAGCUGUAUGUUCAAGCACGGCACCUUCUUCUUUUCAUACUCUGUGGAGUGUGCGCCAAAUCUUGGUGGUAAACUUUGUCAAGAUUACGUACCCACACCUCCCAGUACCUUUUUGACUGAGGUCCCCCCUGACAGGUCUGAGAUGCUUGUUGUGGAGCCGGGGAGGAUGUAUGCUGAAAGAUGGAAAAACGAUAUGGAAAUCUGAUUUCACCGUAAAAAUAUUUCAUUAACCUUUGAUGUUAUUUGCUUUGCUUUUUAAUGUUUGCUUUGUCUUCUAAGUGAAC